CGCCAGCGACGCCGGACAGAGAGAACGAGCGAAAGAAAGAAGGGCACAAAGAGAGCCGCAAAAAGAAAAACAAAUAACAAAAAACAAGAAAACGAAAAUCGAAAAAGUGUGUGACAAAACGUGUGUGUGCGCGUGUGUGUGUGUGCCUGUGCGUGUUAGAAUUGUACUAGCUGUGGCAUUAGUAUUAGUACCAUUGCUAGCAGAAGCGCCUUUCUUUUUGCCACUAAUUGGUACCAAAAAAUACAAAAAAGAAGAGAUUUAAAGAGCGUGUUACGUGGCCGUCUUUCCAACUGAACCAACACUGACCAGCUGAGCUAGAAAGCACGCUUCUAAUCAGAAUCUAAUUAACAGUUUAACUUGAAUAUUUCUAGGCUAACGACACAAAAUUCUAGUGAAAAAAAACUCUUGAGCGGUUAAAACAAAAUCAAUAAUUGGCCCUGCGUUCGGCCCUCUGUGUGAGUGUGUGUGUGUGUGUGAGAGUGUUUGAGUGGGGGAGUGUGUGCGUGUAUUUGUGAGAACGACAAUUGGAGCAAUGCCUGCUGAUUGAUAGCAAAAAAAAAAUACAUAAAAAGGGGUUAACAAAUAUAUAAAAGAAACCACUCAAGUGAAGAACUAAUAAGAAUUAAUUUAGUGCAAUAAUUGAGCUAUCCUAAGGCCAUGCAACCCGCAACGCCCAGCACGCCCGUUAAUAAUGCCCCCUUGGCGGCCAACUCAUCGUCGGCCACCCCUGUUGCCGCCGCCCCUGCUAGCAGCAGUGGCAGUGGCAGUGGCCAGGGGGCCAGCAGCACCCCCAUACGCAUCAACAGUGCCAAACAGGCGGGGGGCGGUGGGGACACGUUGACGCAACCCUCCACCCCCCACUCCCACUCGAUGCCCGGCACACCGCAGCAGCAACAACAGUCGAGCAGUGUGCCCACCGGCAGCCACCUCCUGCAGCUGCAGGCGCCCCUGCCCUCAGCAGGGGGGGGUGGCGGUGCUGUCACCCCCUCUGGCCUGUCCAUGGGCGCAUCGAAUCAAUCGCUGGGCGUUAGUGUUGGCGCCGCCAGCAGCGUCAGUGGCAUCAGCAUCACGCCGCCAAAUAGCGCCGGAUUGCGUCAGUCGACAGUAUUCGAUUUCAAAUUCAAACGGCGACCUUCGCUAAAAGUGCUCAUGACCAAACUUCCGUCCACGGACAGUUUGAGCAACAGUCCGGCGCCAUCAUCGCCAGGAAUCGCCAAUUGGGCCUCAGACAAUCGGGAUGGAAAUCUGGCAGAUAAGUCAGCUGCCGAUGCCGCCAAACUUAAUAGAAAAGAAUCCUACAAGGCCCAAAGGAAAAACUACAGGCGGGAGAAGAAGCGAGUGGCCAGUGAGCUGAUGAACUCCCUGCAAGAUCCUGCGGUUAUAGUGCUGGCAGACUGGCUAAAGGUUCGAGGAACCCUCAAGUCCUGGACAAAACUUUGGUGUGUGCUUAAGCCUGGCCUACUGCUUAUCUACAAGAGCCAAAAGACCAAGAGCAGCCACUGGGUGGGCACGGUGAUGCUCACCUCCUGCCAGGUAAUCGAGCGGCCCAGCAAAAAGGAUGGCUUCUGUUUCAAGCUAUUCCAUCCCCUGGAGCAGUCCAUUUGGGCGCCCCGAGGACCCGACAAGGAAACCAUUGGUGCCGUUGUCCAGCCGUUGCCAACCGCUUACCUGAUCUUCCGAGCUCCCAGCCAGGCGGCGGGCAAAUGCUGGAUGGACGCCCUGGAGCUGUCCCUGAGAUGUUCGGCCCUUCUGCUGCGCUCCAAUAGCAGCACGGGCGCUGCUCCCUCCUCCAGCUAUGUGGGCGAACCGCUGCCCGUCUCCCAUGAGACGCAGUGGUCGGAGGCGGACUACGAGAAGCAUUUCAACGAUCACGGUAAGUGGGCGCAGUUCCUGGCACUGCCAUCGGCCGAGGCGGAUACCUCGCGCUCCGACACCAGCCUGUCCGCCUCGCGGGCACCCACUCCACUGCUGCAGCAGCUCUACAGCAGCGCCGUUAGCAACUGGGAGCGCACCAAGCGCCUGCCGCGUUUUGGCCACCAAUCGGAGCAGCGAAAGACCUCGUACAGCGAUGCCUCCAGUGUGGAGCAGGGCAUGGACAUGGUUCAGCGAAAGCGGCGCCACCUGAGCCCCAUGAGCAAGUCCAUGUCGCUGGGAGCCGCCCUGUGCAACAGCAGCUCCAGCGAGGAUGACGACGAUGGGGACUAUAAUCGCAGCCAGACGGGCAUGCGGCCCCUCAGCGCUCCGCCCGAUUGUCUAGUGAUUCCGCGCUUUCGUCUGAACGUCAAGGAUCUGGACGCAGACAGCCAGAAUGAAGCACCCAAUGCCGUCAUGUCUGGCCUGGAGUCGGAAUCGGAGUCGGAUCCUGCAGAGCCGGCGCAGGAGGAUGGCGUCGAGCAGCAGUGUGAGGAGACCUCGUAUGUGCCCUUCACCGAGGAGGAGUUUGGCGAGCAAGGGGAGCAGGUGCGACCGGGGAUGGAUCUGAGCAAGGUGGUGCUGCCCACGUUUAUCCUGGAGCCGCGAUCAUUCCUGGACAAGCUAUCCGACUCGUAUUACCACGCGGACUUGCUCUCCAAGGCCGUGCAGGAGGAUGAUGCCUUCACGCGCAUGAAACUAGUUGUGCAAUGGUACCUGUCAAGCUUUUACAAGAAGCCCAAGGGCCUGAAGAAGCCCUACAAUCCGAUUCUGGGCGAGCGGUUCCGUUGCUAUUGGCAGCAUCCCAGCGGCAGCCGAACCUUCUACAUUGCGGAGCAGGUCUCGCACCAUCCGCCCGUGUCGGCCUUCUAUGUGACAAACCGCGAGGACGGCUUCAGCAUCACCUGUUCCAUCCUGGCGAAAUCGAAGUUCUACGGCAACAGCACUUCGGCGGUGCUCGAGGGCGCCGCCACGAUGACGUUGCUGCCGCGCGGUGAGUGCUAUACGGCGACAUCGCCGUACGCCCACUGCAAGGGCAUCCUGAUGGGCACGCUCUCCAUGGAGCUGGGGGGCAAGAUAAACAUCGAGUGCGAGAACACCGGUUACAGGACGGAGCUGGAAUUCAAGCUGAAGCCGUUCCUCGGCGGUGCCGAUGCGACCAAUGUCGUUGUCGGCAAAAUCAAGCUGGGCAAGGAGACCCUGGCCACCAUCAGCGGUCACUGGGAUAAGGAGUGCCGGGUGAAGGACUCGAAGACGGGCGAGGAGACGCUGUUGUUUAAGGUGGAUGCCGAGACGCGAUCCAAGCGGCUCACGCGACACAUGGUUCCGCUGGAUUUGCAGGAGCCCAACGAGUCGCAACGCCUGUGGCAGAAGGUCUCCGAGGCGAUUGCCCGCGAGGAUCAGGUGGCCGCCACCGAGGAGAAGACCGUUCUGGAGGAGCGCCAGCGGGCGGAUGCCAAGGAGCGGCUUAGCACCGAGUCCACCCAUAUGCCCGAACUCUUCGAGCUGGACAGCUACGGCCAGUGGCUGUACAAGUACGCCGAUCUGCGGCCCUGGGACUCGCGCAACGAUGUCCGUCAGUACGAGUGCCAGUUCAAGGUGCUCACCCAGACGCGACACAAGUCGGUGCCCAUUGUCCACGGCGCCGAGAUGAUCCAUCCCCUGCGCAGCUCCAUCGAGACGUUAUCUCGAACUCAAAGACAAUCGCCGGCCGGACUGGCUACGCAGAAGGGCGGCUCCUCUGCGCCCAAGGCCAAGAACAAGAGCCUGGUGCUGGCGCCGCGCGACACCAACUCGGACUCCAGCCAGUCGCCACAAGGAGCAGUCAAGCGCAGUUCCUCCAGCGCCAUCAAGCAACUCGCUUUGGCCGUAGACCAGGUGAACCGGGUGCUGGAGCUGCACACCCGUCAGCUGAACGAGAUCAGCCAGCGCCUGGAGCGCAUGCAGUAUGCGCCCCCGCCGAGCAACAUGGGCGUGCAGUCGCAUCACUUGCUGGGCGGCGGCGUUUCACAGUCUACGGUGAUCAAGUCGCUAGUCUACGCCAUCAUCGGGCUAACCGUCAGCCUGAUCCUGCGAUGGCUGUUCAAGUAGAGUGGCGGAGUCGUUGUUGGUGUCAUUUCGUUUAGGAUUAUGAAAAGUUUUGGUCAACCUAUAGAUAACAUAUAUAUACACCCUAGAGUACAGACAACGUAUUUGCUUUACUGAAUUGUACAUUUGGUCCUACUCAAAUGCCUUCGCACGCUGCCAGAGAUUUAACCCCGACCGAGGCGCGUGGCCAGAACAUCCGUUGUGAGAAAGUCUAAUCACGAACUAGGAUUAAGUGUUUGUCGUUUAUAAGUCCCGACGGUUCAAGUCUCUCCCGCAGACAACGUCCAUGUGCAAGUCCUUUUCCCAUUUGUCCCUGGAAACUGUUUACUCAAGUUAGACCCUCUGGGUAGGUUAGGAUGUCGGAUAUAUAUAUAUAAAUAUACACACACGUACGAGUAGAUGCACCAGAUUUCGUAAAAAUUCCAAUUUAACCGAAGCUACUACUUAGCUAGUUCGCUUUUCCGUUUCCUUUUAUAGAAAGUUAAUAAUAAACGACACGAUUUAGGGGUGAAUAAUGAACAAACAAUGCUCGAGAGGCUCUCUGCCCUUUAAAGUCACCACUUAUAGACAGUGCAACACACCUUAGAGAUUUAAUGCGAAAAGUGCUUAUAGUAAUUACUUUUAGUAUCUCUUAUACACGAACUGUUUUUCCUUUUCCCAAUACCUGCAUACCUUAAAAACUUAAUAAAUUCCCCCUUUUCAAAU